AUGGACAACAAUCCAGCAGCGUGGUUCACCGACUAUAAAACCCUAUUGUCGGCUCCCAAUCUUGGAAACGAAAGCAGCAACGGUGAUGGUAAUAAUAACAGUAUUAAGAACAGAGGCAUUAGUAUUGCAGAGAGAAGAGCAGCGAAAUGCGGGUUCAAAAUGAAAGCGGAGAGGAUCAAUACGGCUCGCUUUCGAUCCACCAGCCCUUUGACAUCUCCUUGUGCGACUCCGGUUCGGUCUCCCUUUAUAACUAUUCCUCCUGGCAUCAGCCCUACUGCCUUGCUUGAUUCCCCCAUUAUGCUGCCCAAUUCUCAUGCUCAGCCGUCGCCUACCACCGGAACUUUUCCAUUAUCCCCUCUCAGAUGUGAAACUGGUUCGUUGCUCAAGGGAGUGGGUUCGGGGGAUGGGGAGAGGGGCAGUAAUGCUGGUGGUCUCUCCUUCAGAUUCAAGCCUCAUGGGGAUUCUCUUCCACUUUCAGAAAUUCGGGGUAAUGAUUUUGAUUUUGAAGCUACUCUCUUGGUGGACCCGUCAAUGGAUUUUCAAUUUCCAAUGGAGUUGUCAAAGGAAGCUACUCCAGAAAAAUGCACCACUGAUUCAAAUACUGAUGCCAAUUCUCUAGAUAGCAUGAUUGGAAAUGCCAACGUUAGUUACAUGCAAAUUUGCUCUUCUGAUUUAUCUAGUAAUCCCAUUUCUGUACAAAGAGAAAUUCUACAUGGAGAAAAUGCUGAGUCACAUUGCCUUAUGGAAGAACAGAAAGGAACGUUACCUGCAACAGCAAUCGGAAGGACUUCAGAAGAUGGAUACAAUUGGAGAAAGUAUGGGCAGAAACAGGUUAAAGGUAGUGAAUAUCCAAGGAGCUAUUAUAAGUGUACCCAUGCAAAUUGUCUGGUAAAGAAAAAAGUAGAGCGUGCCCAUGAUGGACAAAUAACAGAAAUCAUUUACAAAGGUACACAUAAUCACCCUAAACCUCAGCCAAGUCGUGGAGCACCACCUGGACCAGCUUCUUCAUUAGAUGAAAUGCCAGGUAUGGAUGAAGGUGAAAACAGUGUUAAAGUUGAAGGUGGAUCGAUUCAGAAAAAUACGGAGUCAGGGUCCAAGGAUAUUAGAGUUCAUUCUGAUUGUAGGGCUGACGGCCUGGAAAGGACAUCUUCAACCUCUGUUGUGACUGAGCUUUCAGAUCCUUUGUCAACCACUCAAAUCAAAUCUGUAGAAACAUUUGAAUCAACAGAAACUCCAGAGCUUUCCUCCACACUUGCAAGUCAUGCUGACGAUGAUGGGGUUACUCAGGGAAGCUCAUUUGGUGUUGAUGCUGAUGAUGAGUCUGAGUCAAAAAGAAGGAAGAUAGAGAGCUGCUUGGCUGAAACAAAUAUGGCAUCCAGGGCUGUCCGUGAGCCAAGAGUUGUUGUUCAAAUAGAGAGUGAAGUGGACAUACUCGAUGAUGGGUACCGCUGGAGGAAGUAUGGCCAAAAAGUUGUCAAGGGGAAUCCAAACCCUAGGAGCUACUAUAAAUGCACAAGUGCUGGAUGUUCAGUUAGGAAGCAUGUGGAGAGAGCCUCCCACAAUCUGAAAUAUGUAAUUACAACAUAUGAAGGGAAACACAAUCAUGAAGUGCCUGCAGCCAGAAACAGCAGUCACGGAAACUCAAGCGAUAGCUAUUUGUCCCAGACUUCUGGCAAUGCACAGCCUGCCCUGCCAUUGGCCAGAAACACCAAUGUGCCAAACCCUGAAGCACAAAUUCAAGAGUUUGCAUCCAGUUUUGAUAGAAAACCAGUAUUUAACAAUGACUAUAUGAGAUCCAAUUUCCCUGGAAAUUUCAGUAAUGAAAUAAAUCUUGGGUCUUCCGCUUUUUACCCAAUGAAAUUUCCUUGCAUCCAAAACGCCAUGCCUUAUGAUUCAUUUGGGUUCAACAACCACCACCUUGCUGCCAAUCACUCUGGUUCUGUUGCCUCACUAGUCCCAGAUUUCCCAAGAUCAUUGUCACCUUGUGUUCAAACAGCUGCAAAUCUUUCUCUGGCUAGAGUUGAUUUUAGUAGUGAUCGGAAACCAGUUGGUCAAGUUCAGACUUCCCUCUUGGGACAGCAGUUCAUCAGGCCUAAACAAGAGCAAAAGGAUGAUAACCUUUAUGGUACUAGCCCCUCCAUCAUGGAUAAUCUAAAUACAUCAUCCUCAUCAUUGUCCCUAUAUCAUCGGCUCCUGGGAAACUUUCAAUCCUAA